AAUUACCGAUCGAUCUUCAACCCCAGGGGAGCGAUUCUGAAAUAUCAUCCAUUCCACCAUCUACUAAAGAACACUCUAUUGAUUCCGCGUCCUUAGAGAAGAAUUCUGGUAGUCAUCCUGAAAAGAUAGAAAACAUAUCCGAUAACACAUCUAGCCACGAAGUGACUGCCUCCGGCAAUUCUGAUAUAUAUACUCCCUCUAUUAUUAUCCGUGAACAGAAAAACCUCCAAUCGAAUCCUCAGCACGAGGGAGCAAGUAUUGACUCGACUUUGUCAAGAAUUUCCAAUAGCGAAGCUAGUGCUAAGGCACAUAAAUCAGAACAAAUAUCUAUCGAUCAAAAAGUUACCCGUAAUCAAAUGGUAGAACAAGGUUUAAUACAAGAGUUAACAGAAUUUAUCAUAGAAGAGAGCAUUGAAAUUAAGAAAUCUUUUUAUUUGAACGAUAAGAAAACUGUUACUGUACAGAGCUUAGUUCAUUUAUACCAGAAAGCAAGCUUGGCGGAAAAAAAUACAAUUCAAGCUAAACAGGAAGAAAUUUUAUGCUGGUAUUAUUACGGGAAAGACUUUGAAAAAAUGGUUAGUGAAAUUUUGUCUAAUCCUUUGGGAAUUGGAGCUGAAAAUUUAUCUUCUGAUUUUAGUCUUUCUCCAAAAAUAGAACACGAAGUAUCAGAAAACAAG